GAGAGAUGGGGAGGCGUCCAUGCUGCUCCAAAGAAGGACUCAACCGGGGAGCAUGGACUGCCUUGGAAGACAAAAUACUUGCUGCUUACAUUAAAGCCCAUGGAGAAGGCAAAUGGAGAAACCUCCCCAAGAGAGCGGGUCUGAAGAGAUGUGGUAAGAGUUGUAGACUCAGAUGGUUAAAUUACUUGAGGCCAGAUAUUAAGAGAGGUAACAUAUCCCAUGAUGAAGAGGAACUCAUUGUCCGACUCCAUAAUCUUCUUGGUAACAGAUGGUCUCUAAUAGCUGGAAGGCUACCUGGGCGAACAGACAAUGAAAUCAAGAACUACUGGAACACCACCUUAGGAAAGAAAGCCAAGGCGCCCCAAUCCUCUUCACCACCUGCCGGACAAAGUUCCCUGAGCAGAUCUCGAAACAGAAAGAUGACAAUUGAGCCUCAGAAAAAAGGCGAGGCACCGUCCCACGUAAUCCGAACCAAGGCCAUUAGAUGCACCAAAGUGCUGAUCCCAGUACUGCCAUCUACAAAGGAACAUCAUUCUCUCAACUCAACUGCCAUAGACCCAUUAGAGCCUCAAGCACUUCAAAGUCAAGAUAAGGAUAAUUUAGAAGUACUUCACCAUGGAACUGAAGAGCUUCACGAGAAUUGUGCUCCAGACUCCGAUUUCUUCAGUUUGAGCUGCCAUGAAUACGCAGAUGGGGACUAUAAUUUCAACAACAACAUGGGCAUGGGUCCUGAUCAGUCCCCACAUUUCGACGAAACACUGUUCAAGGAUUGGACCGCAAGUUACUGUCUUGAGGACCACGCUAAUUUGGAUCUAGAAUCUUUGGCAUUUUUGCUAGACUCUCAGGAGUGGCCAUGACACAGGAAAAAGAACAUUGUCAACAUUAGAAAGAAGAAGAAGACGACAACAUUAUCAACUGUGCAGCAAGCAUUUCCGAAUAAAUAAAUAACAAGCCUGCGUUUUUUUCUGUUUUCAGAUUGUUGUGUUAUGAGUAAUUACUAUUUUUAGGUUGUUGUCUCGUAAGUAAUCACUAUUUUGAGCUCGAGAAAUACUAUGUUACCAAUUUCUUUUCUAUCGAAA